UAGGGAGAAAAGAACAAGACUAGCUAGGAUUAGAGCGUCAGAACCCCAAAUUCACCAGAGAGAGAGAGAGAGAAAGGAAAUGUCGGCCAUGGCUUCGAAGAGUCAACGUGUUCUCCUGCCCAUUAUACUGAUUUGGAUCUCUAUCGUCUUCACCUCCGCUAGGCCCUGCAAAACCCUAUUCGUUUCCUCUUACUCAUUCUCCCUCCGCCAACCCCAAUUCUACUCCUCAUCGGGAUUCGUCACCAUUUUCGCCGAGGUUACCCAAUUCCGUCGCGUCAAUGGUGAGGCCUUGAUUAUAGAAGAAGAGCAACAAGAACAAGAACAGCAACGACAAUACCAAGAAGAAGCCUCACGCCAAGUCCAACCCUUACGGAGGAUGCCUCUUUUCCCUUUGUCCUCCUCCACCUCUUCCUACGAUCUCACCUCCCUCCGCGAUCGCACCAAGGAUAUCCUCAGCGUCGUCGUCGCUCUCCUCUUCGGUGUUGGCUGCGGCGCUCUCACCGCUGCCACCAUGUACUUGGCCUGGUCGCUCUUCUCCACUCGCUACCAGGACGACGCCGAAGACAUAACCAACGCCGUCGUGGACGAUGAUGGCCUCAGCCCUAAGAAGGUGGGCUACGUUAAGAUUCCCACCGCCGAUUCGAAACAAACAGAUUGGUAAUUUCCAUUACCCCUAAUUCGAGUACGGUAAUCAUAAUCAUAUGACAUUUACAGAUGCUUAAAACUUUUUUUAUGUGGGAUUGUCGCUGAUAAUAAGCCAAGUGUUUGUGUUUGUGUUUGUAUUCUGGUCUGUACUUCUUGACUACCCUCUAUAUAUGUAUGUAUUUGUAUAUUCAUAGGCUGCUACUCAUGAAAUGUUUAUUUAUUCUGGUUUGUUGAA